AUGAGUUUUGGAUUUGGUUUACCCCUAUCUAAACAUUUGCAAAAAGUUGACAUUGAUUUAAAAGUAGCAACUAGAUUAGCUGAUGACACUUUAGAAGAAAUAAAAUGUUUUAGAAAUAAUGCUGAAAACUCAUUUAAAAAAUUAUAUACAGCUGCACAAUUUCAAGUGGAAAUAACAAUGCCGAGAGUUAUAGGAAGACAAGUACAUAGAAUGAAUAUUCAAGCAAAAUCUACAGAAGAGUAUUACCGUAUAACCAGAUUUAAUCCGUACAUGGAUUCUUACAUAACUGAACUUGAACAAAGGUUUGUCAAUCAUAAGAUUAAGCUUAACAAUUUUCAGUCACUGUUUGAUACAGAAGAAAAUGAAGAUAAAUUUAUUCAAUUAGCCGAUGAUUACAAAGAUGAUCUGGAGUUCACAAAUCAUUCGUUAUUAUCAACUGAAUAUAAAUUAUGGCAAAGAAGAUUAAAAAACACGGGAAAAAAGCCAGAAAACUCACUCCAAGCAAUGACAGUUUGCAAUAAAGAAAUGUACCCAAGUGUCUUCAAACUCCUUCAGAUCCUUGCUACUAUACCAGUUUCCACUGCAUCAAAUGAGCGCUCCUAUUAA